AUUCUGUUUUCUUUUGGUUGCCAGGAUUUCUUGUGUCUUCCUUUUUCCAUUGCCAGUUUGUGGUCACUGAGCCUGCACUUGGUCAGGAUCUGUCUCUGCUUUCCAUCUCUGACAGUAGAGAGAGAUUCUGCCAACUCAUAAUCUCUUAGGGCCAGAUACCAUUCUGAUCUACUUUGGCUUUUAGUUUCUUCUUUCCAAUGUUCCAAAUAGGUUUCUUCACAUUUUUAAAAUAAUUUGGUUUCCUCUGAUUGGUGUUAGGAAAGCAGUGCUGCUGUGAGACUGGUCAGUGUGUGUCUGGGGGUCUAACUAAAUUGACCGAAGAAAUGUCCAAUUGAAUAGCGGUAAUGGAAACUAUGGCCAAUCAGAUACGGGAUUUACAUAUUGUGGGCGGGAUAUAUUUUUCAAAGUGGCGAAUCAUGAUAUUAGCGGUCCUUACAGAAAGACGAACUAAAUGUUAAUAGUGAUUCUUGUUAACGAAAAUACAUGUUUCGAUUUCACUCAAAUUAAGAUGUAGCAAUAUUAAUUCGUAGUUAUCAAUAAUGUGAGCUUUUUAUUAGCCUCAUAGCGAGACAAAUAUAGUCAUUUUGAAACAUAUUUUAUCAGGCAGUUUCGUGGACUACUGAGCCAGACACUGUUUACAUGCUAACAUACUGUCAUUUGUUGCAAGUCAGCUAUGUGUGAAAAUGUUUGAAUUAUGUGUCUUCGAGCAAAUGGUAGAAAUAAUGCUGCCGUGAGAAUGGCAGCAUUACCUCAUUUUAAUUGGCUGAUAUUUUAUAUUACUUCUAUCUUUCGUCUUUUUGUUUAACGUUAUGUCUUUGCUAGCUAAGCUGUACAUCGGUUAGCUAACAUUAUGCUUAUAACGUUAGUUAAUUAGCUAAUUCCAUGGAUGCUCUAUCUGAUGUUUAAAGUAAUCGUUUAAUUAAGGAGCUUAAUAAUAACACUCUGAUUAUUUUCUUCUACAAUGGUAGUCGAGAUAGAAAGCUUCUUUGGUGUGUACAUGCUGUACUGCACCAAUCCUAAAUUCAAAGGCCGUAUUUACAUCGGCUUCACUGUGAACCCUGAGCGCAGGAUCGGACAGCACAACGCUGGGCGGCACAGAGGGGGGGCCAAGAGGACCAGUGGAAGAGGACCAUGGGAGAUGGUCUUCAUUGUACAUGGCUUUCCCUCUGAUAUUGCUGCUCUAAGGUUUGAGUGGGCGUGGCAGCACCCUCACUCCUCCAGGCGCCUCUCCCAGGUCUCUCGACGCUCCAGGAAAGAGUCGAGCCUGCAGUUCCACUGGCGCGUAGUCUCCAACAUGCUGCGGGUGGCGCCGUGGAACAGACUGCCGCUGACGGCCCGCUGGCUCAAACAGGAGUAUAGGAUGGACUUUGAGCCCGGUUUGCAGCCUCCGCUGCACAUCCCCAUUGCUUUUGGGAGUGUGAGAGCCAAGAAGAAGCUGCUGCUGCAGUCUGCAGACGAGGGGGAGGAGACAACCAGGUGUUUUCUCUGUAAAGAGCUGGUCAAGGUGUCAGAAAAGCUGAGCUGUUUCCACCCAUCCUGUGGAAUGAGAAGUCAUGUGAUCUGCCUCUCCAAACACUUUCUGAAGACAGAGCCAUCCCACCUCUUGCCAGUGGAGGGUGAAUGUCCGGCCUGUCGUUGCUCUGUGCUGUGGGGGAGUCUCAUUCGCCAAAAACAUGGCUGCUUUGGAGACCUGGAGGAGAUCCCACUGUCUGCAUCCCAAAGCCACUGGGCAGAUGAACUGCAGAUAUGACUGGACUGGAUAUGAGUGGAGCCUGCAAAAAUGAACUUUUAUUUCCUUCUUAAUGAACUGUGGUGCCACAUGACACUCUUUUAACCAUGUCUGCUUAAGUAUAUAUGUUUACUGUAUUCAAUUUGUGGGGGAAAACACUUUUUAAUAAAAGAUUUUUUUGUACUUUA